GUAGCGAUUUGUUUUCAGUCGGAACACGUAAGGCACUCGAGUAUCAUGUUUGUUUUAGAUUUAUCUACAUCGUCUCGGGUCUACUCACAUUCAGUUUUCGCAGAUAAAUGACAAUUGUAACGAACAACACGUGUAUACGCGAUCAGGAUCCAGAUUAUGGCCCAACUUGUGAAUGAGGUUAUUUGUUCAUCACACCUCAAAGAUGCAUUCGGAGCGCCGAACGAUCACCGACUAACUGUCCGUCGGAACUUUCACUAGAGUUUUGAGAAGUCCGACGGUGGGAACCGGAGCAGAAAUGAUCACGAGAGGCGAGAGCAGCUCGUCCAAGAACGCCAAGGUGCAUGGACUGGGGUCAGCUGUACGAUGCGUACUUUCAUGACCCUAAGAACGAGGGAACCGAGUCCCUGCCUUCCAAGCAGGUUGAAUUUGCGGACAUAGGCUGUGGCUAUGGCGGAUUACUUGUAACAUUGUCCACCAUGUUUCCGGAUAAAUUGAUCCUCGGCAUGGAAAUCAGAGUCAAGGUUUCGGACUAUGUGACUGACCGCAUAGCAGCGCUCCGCCUUCAACACCCUGGACAGUACCGGAACAUUGCUUGCCUGAGGUCAAAUGCAAUGAAGUAUCUCCCUAAUUACUUUCAGAAAGGACAGUUGAAAAAAAUGUUCUUCCUCUAUCCAGAUCCACAUUUCAAAAAGGCAAAGCACAAGUGGCGUAUCAUUAAUAAAUCGCUUCUUGCCGAAUAUGCAUACGUGCUAGCCGAAGGGGCUAUCGUCUACACAAUGACCGAUGUCAAAGAUCUGCACGAGUGGAUGGUACAACAUUUUGUCGAGCAUCCGCUCUUUGAAAGAAUCCCUGAAGAACAAUUGACUUCAGAUCCAAUAGUUGCAAAGCUUUACGAAAGCACGGAAGAGGGCCAAAAGGUGACAAGAAACAAGGGGAAUAAAUUUCCAGCUGUGUUUCGACGGAUUCCAGAUCCAUUCGUGGAAAACCGUAGCUAACAGUUCGGUACUCGUGAUGUUUUGUUGCUAAAAGUGAGGAACAAUAAGUAAUAAAUACAGAUCCUUAACGACGCUUGUACAUACACACGAAUUCAACUAUUUAUUGAUAACAAUUUAUUAGUUACAUGACUCACAAGACUCGGAAUCAUUGUCUUCUACAUUAAAUGUAACUUGCGAUUCCAAAUAAAAUUGCUUUGACUCAA